CAGGCACUGCGGUAGGCACCCUCGGGUCCGGCAGGACCCUGUCCCCAGCAUGGCGGCGCCCAGCGAAGUGGCCGCCGCAGAUCUCGGUGAAGGCGAUGGCGGGGGUUUUGGAUCCUGGCUUGACAGACGGUUGGAGGCGCUGGGAGUAGACCGAGACGUUUACGCUGCUUACAUACUUGGCGUCCUACAGGAGGAGGAGGAGGAAGAGAAGCUGGACGCCCUACAGGGUAUCCUCUCUGCUUUCCUGGAAGAAGAUUCCCUCCUUGAUAACUGUAAGGAAAUCGUGGAACGAUGGUCGGAAACGCGGGACGUCGCCACCAAAGUGAAAAAAGGAGAUGAGGUGCAGGCCAUCACCACCUUGAUUGAGAAGCAGGCACAGAUUGUGGUAAAGCCCAGGGUGGUUUCAGAGGAAGAGAAGCAGAGGAAAGCGGCCCUGCUGGCCCAGUAUGCCGACGUGACGGACGAAGAGGAUGAAGGGGAUGAGAAGGACGAUCCGGGUGCUUCAACAGCAAACAUCGGUUCCGACAAAACCCUGUUCCGAAACACCAAUGUGGAAGAUGUUCUCAAUGCUCGGAAAUUGGAGCGAGACUCACUUCGGGAUGAGUCCCAAAGGAAGAAGGAGCAGGACAAGCUGCAGAGGGAGAAGGACAAACUAGCCAAGCAGGAACGCAAGGAGAAGGAAAAGAAAAGGACACAGAGAGGCGAACGGAAGCGAUAACCUUGGCCCACUCUGUUCCUUCUACCCAUGAAUUGUGUGUCUGUGUAUUUAAGAGAACUGAGACUAAUGUAUUUCCCAAAAUUUCCUAAGGCUUUCCCCCCCCCCCCCCCCCCGUUGUUUACAUGUUCAAAAGGAAAGUCGCAAUCACUUGUAAAUGUGCCAUGUUUUGGUGACGUGGGCAGUCAAUUAUAGUUAGUAUCUUUACCAAAGAUCUGGAAUUAGGGUAACCUUUCUAUUUUAGUACUGAACUCCUGUGCUCUUCUUUUUUAAAUAGGUCUUCCCUCAUUUUGUAUAUUUAGCCAGAUACAGAAAGCUAACAUCCUGAAGGAAACAUGACCAUUCCUUCUGAGUUAAAAGCAAGUACAAAUUGCUUCUGAGGCAAUAUUUGCCCUAAACUAUAGUGGGCUUUUGCUUGGAGACUGGGUUUCAUUCUGUAGCCCAGGAUAGCCUUGAACUUGUUGCAGUGUCCUUGUCUGUUUCUCAGCUUCAGGGUUAUGGACAUUAACCGCCACGUCUGGCUUAUAACUAUUUUGAGGCUGAAGUAGCUAAUGAAGAGCCCUACCUAGAUCCAGAUUUUAUGACAUCAAAUUAGGGAAGUGGAGGAAAUUAUUUGGAGUGUGAUAGAUCUAAGGUUUUUCUUUGUUUGUUUUGGUUUUUUUAGUGUGUUGACUUGGGCUCAGGCUAUAGUUGUGUUUUGUGCCUACUUAGCAUAUUCAAGGCCCUAGCAUUGAGCCCCAGUAUGGAAGAAAGAGUUAACCUAUGGGAAAAACAAGUAUCUUUUUAAAUAGAGAGCUAUGUAUUUUUCAUAUCUUUGGUUUCAAGAAGGAUGUUUGGAGUAUAAGGAUAUCAUUUUGUUAGCUAGAUUCUCUUUCUUUUUUCUUUUUGUAAUCAUGAGUUCUCUUGAAUCACCUCGAUUUUAAUCUUGAUUUAUCCUGCAGGCAUGUCCUACCUUUUGACAUUGUGACAUGGCUUUUUUAAAAACUUGCAAAAAAAUUAUGUUUUAAAUGUUAUGAUUUUUGUGUUAGGCUGAAUUUAUAGCUGUCCUUGACCACGGGUUGGACACACCUGCAACAUGAAUAGUAAGACCUAAUAAUUCCUGGCUUAGAGAAACUGAAGGAAUUACUCUUUUAGAGAAAAAACACUGGAAAUUUUGCUAACACAAUACUUAAAAGUAUAUGGUUGGUGGUUACACUUAUGAAAUGAGUGAGUGGAAAAACUGGGGGAGUGAAGGGUGACAGAACUCUCCAAGUCUACUUCUGUCACAGCCACAUCUAGUUGUAUAUAAACUCCUUCUUUACUUGACUUUGGGCAACAGGUAUCAAAAGCCUCAAGAGAACAAUUUCUCUGAUAAGAUUAUUUUAUACCAGGGGUCAGAAGACUCCACUCACAGGCCAAGUUUGGCCCAGUCUUUUUUGUAUGGGGCAAAAACUAAAAUGGUUUUUUACAUUUUUAAAAGGUUAUAAAAGGAAGACAUUCAUGAUUGAGACCAUAUGUGGCCUAUAAAACCUAGUAUCUGGAGAAAGUUUGCUGACUUUUGUAACAUUAGCUACCUUUGUGCAGAAGAAAAAAAAACAUGGUUAAGGAAAGGAGAUAUGCUGCCUCUUUGUCCUACAACCAUGGCAUUGCAAAAAUAACCACCUUUUUCUUUUUUUUAAAUAAACUUUAUUUAAGUCAG